AACCUCCUGGAAUUCUCCAACCCACCACAAUCUACCCGGUCCUCUCUUUGGUCUUUUCGACUUCACCACAGGCGCAGCCCUCUCCUCUGCCCAAUCCUUACAUUACGAACGCAGUCAAGAUGGCGGAUGAUGCCCAGCAUGAGCACACCUUCGAGUCCGCCGAUGCCGGCGCCUCUGCUACCUUCCCCAUGCAAUGCUCUGCCUUGAGGAAGAACGGCUUCGUUGUGAUUAAGAACCGUCCUUGCAAGAUCGUCGACAUGUCUACCUCCAAGACUGGCAAGCACGGCCACGCCAAGGUCCAUCUUGUCGCCAUCGACAUCUUCACUGGCAAGAAGCUCGAAGAACUUUGCCCCUCCACUCAUAAUAUGGAUGUCCCUAACGUCACCCGCAAGGAAUACCAGUUGCUCGAUGUCUCGGAUGAUGGUUUCCUCUCUUUGAUGGCUGAUGAUGGUGAGACCAAGGAUGAUGUUAAGGUCCCCGAGGGUGAGGUUGGCGAGAAGAUUGAUAAGCUUUUCACUACUGAGGAGAAGGACACCAAUGUUAUUGUUCUCACGGCUAUGGGCGAGCAGGCUGCUAUCGAAGCCAAGGAGGCUCCGCGCGGUUAAAUUUCUUGAAGCCAAACCUACAGCAUCGACCUUGUUGUCAGCACCGGCAAACCUUCUUCGUCUGCAGGCCCAAUUUGCUUGGAGGGUGAUCUUUUACGGUGGAUUCUUGGAGCGUUGGGACACCUGCAUUCUAAUGGUCGUUGCGUGGGCACCUAUCUGGACAAAUGAUAUCACUGGUUACGUCUUCCUGGCUUUGCGAGCAACAUCUUCCUUUUGUUACACUCGAUCCUACCUAUCACACUUGGCCGGCGUAGUCAAAAAGUGGACGCUCGGAGCGUGGGCGACAUCAUCUUGUAGAAAUCGAUGGUUUCUGAUACUAACUGACCUCGCCUUUUCAUGUGAAAACUGUUGUAAUUCCGUUCAUAACUUGUGACUCCAAUAGUUUCAGCAUCUACAAACCAAAUUGUAACAUCUGCA